AUGCGGCGGCCAACCACGCCCAAAGCUUUUGAUCUAUCCCCUCUCCAAUCGUUUGAGCAAACAAGGUCUGAGGAUCAAGAGCCGAAGGAUGCAGAUGAGGAGCUUCAGCUCUCCAAGCGUCCCAGGCCAACGGAGCCCUUGGAGGAGUACCAUUGGCAUGCGGAACAGCAUCUUCUUUCAAAAGAACGGCCAUCAAUUCCCGGUCUGACUACCUCCUCCUCCAUUUCAGCAACAGUAAGAAACGAUGAGUUUGACAAAGCCGACCGGCUACUUCACGGCCGCAAGGAAGCAUUAAGAGCAGAUCCGUUGAAUCAAAAGGAGACGCCAGCGUUGCAUUCUGCUUUCGGGAAUGUUGCAUCCCAUUCAAAACAUCUGACGGAUUCUCAGCCCAUCAAAAUAUCAAGUGGUGAAAGCAAGGCAACCGCAUCGCAGAACAGGCCCCACCUCGAGUCAUCAUCGGCGCAGUCCUUCCGGGGCGAGAUCACUGCAUUGGCAACCGGACGUGAAGGAAAAGAAAUUCAAACAGCUUCCCAUACUGUUAGCCCAGUCGAAGAUUUACAGGUUACUGCAUGGUCUCUCUUUCCCGGAAACGAACAAACUACUGACGAAACCUUUGACAACUCAUAA